AUGGCAGCGUGGCUUGACCUCGUACCAGAAACUACCGGCUGGAGUUUGGUGGACACAGGACGAUUGGAAAGGCUAGUGGAGGAGUUGGGCCAUCCCGAGACCCAAUAUCCAUCUUUAAUCUGGUUUUCAGGUAAUAGAAACCGGAUCAAAGCUCUUCAAGCGUUGUUUCCUCAUAACAAUAUUACCCGGAGGGGACAGACUGGAUUGGCCCAACUACAUAUCAGCACGGAAACCGCAAUUACAGAAAACCCUGUCCUUUUUGCAGAAACCGAUUUAUUCAAUGGUCAUGGAGAGCACAAAGCAAAUAUAUCAGAUCGGUCACUGGAGAAGACUCAGCGAUAUCAUAUUCACCAAGAAGGGUCCCGGUCCGCGGCACACACACGGCGACAAGUGAUCACAAAUGUUCUCUUCGCAUUCACACAUGUCCUAUGCCUUUUCGUAGAUACCCCAUCAGAGAUGCAAGAAGUUCUCGAAAUGCUCCAGACUCCACGUCAAAACGUCAAAAUUGGCUCUCGUUCGGUACCUGCCUUCACGCGCGUUAUCAUUGUUCUGACACGCAGUGAAAUGCCCGAGGCUCAUGGUACGAUGGUAAAGGAGCUUUUGCAUUUUCCAAAUGCAAGUAUCCAGCUACAGGUUUCUAUUCUUGAUCUCCGAAAUCGCCAUAUGUUGUCUCUCAAAUCAGCUUUCGAGCCCUUGCGACGUGUCGUCCUCGAUGAGGUCCAGAUUUCCCGCACAGAGCUGAUUGAGCAGGGAUUAUCGUUCUCAAGCCUACAACUAUGUACACUCUGGAACCGAACAAUUGAGCUUAAAAUGGGGAGCCCAGAGAAUUCGGCCUUGAAUUGCCUCAAGGUCGCCCGCGAAAGCCACAAAAUGAACUUUGUUACCAUGGAACACUUGGUGCGCUUCCUAAGUCAUGCAAAUGAUUUGGGUUGCGCUACCGAAGAUACCCAUGCCUUUGUGGCCUCCGCAUUGUUCAUGAACGCGUACCCCCCUGGGAUGCAUUGUAAGUACGCAUUUUCGGUUCCAUGGUAUCGCUGA